AGAGAUAUCACAAAAGCCUUUGAAAGCACGAGGAGAAAAGGGAGUGAACAGCCCUUGGUGAAGCGGUAUUUUGAAUUGUCAACAAAGUGUCUAGACGAGAUCAAGGAAACACGAAAUGUGAUUGAAGAAUUUGGCAAAUUAGACACUGAUUUUGAGCGUGUUUGCUACUUCCUAAAGCAGCUUCGAAUGCAUUCAGAAGCGAGAGAAGCUGUCAAACCUAAUGAAGUUCAGAAAGUGAAAGAGGAACUUGCAAGAUGCAACGGAAAAUCGGAUAAACUCUCCAAAUUAUUUCUGACGAGAAGCAAGCAUGCCAAAGCUCUUAUGGGGGUUCAAUUCGGAUUACACUACACCACACUCGCUGUUUUCUACGCUAAAUCAUUGAAAUCCAAGAGCGUAGCAUUUGCCAACAGAGCAAUCUUUCUGUAUGAAAUUGGUUUAAUUGAUGAAGCCAUUGCUGAUGCAAGAAAGGCAAUUGAGGGCCCGCUUUCAAGGAUCAAUGCCGCAAAAAUUUGCGUCUGCCUCGGGAACUGCUACAAGCAUCGAGGGAGAAUGCCUGAAGCAACAACUGCAUUUUCAAAAGCCUUACAAGUACUUGAAAAUACAGAUCCUGACUUUACCGAUUAUAUUAAAAUUCAAGCUAUAGAUCAACUAAGAGAAAUCGAUCAAUUAGACUGGAAUGAUCUCACGUACUCAUGCAGUAAAUGCAGGUUUUCCAAGCCUAAAUUAUCGGAACUCAAAAAGGCUCUGUGGAACGAAAAUUUUGAGCGUGAUACCAAGGAGGACAACACAUCUUGUAAGUUGCUUGCAAGCAAUGGAACUUUGGCUCUUAAAAAUACGAAAUCCAAUAGAGGUUGGACGUUAGAAGUCACCAAGCACGUUAAACCAGGUGAAGUUCUUGCUAUUGAAAAGUGUUAUGCUACAUCUUUUUCUUCGAGAUGGACAAGCCAGUGUUAUUCAUGCCAUCAAUUAUGCCACAAUCUCAUCCCUUGCAAGCAUUGUCCAAUGGUUGGAUUCUGCUGUAAAAAAUGUGCACAUGAUGCCGUCAAACGCGAUUUUCGCAGAAAAAGGUGCAUAAAUAAGCACGUAUAUGAUUGUAAAGGCAUAUUGCCUUGCAUCUUGUUGGAUGAAUAUGCCUCGUGGUCGGGAUUUAACUCAAUAAUUGGCUGUGAUGGUACAACACAAUUAGCAUGUGCUUGUAUUUCAAACACGGAUCCUUCGCGUCUCCUUGACUAUAUUUGUUCAGUUGGUGAUUAUCAAGGCGGACGAGGACAUCAGGCUUUCGCAGGAGAAAAAUAUGUCCGCGAGGUGCCACCACAGAAAAUCGAUGCGUCAGAUUAUUCCUCGGUGGGCUUUCUAACUACAUGCUCUGAAAAGAAACCAACUGAACAUCUCCUCCAAUCCACCAUAGCCUCUAUAUUCCUCACUUAUUGCCUCUAUAUCGGCGGAUAUCCAAUGGAAUGGUGCAAUAUCGAUCUAUACACACCGCCCUCUUCAGAAAAUCGACCUAAAUGUAUUCCAGCUAGUUGGGUGGCUGCGUGCAUAUUGUAUCAUGUGCUAUCGGCAGAUAUAAACGCGUUUAAUAUGGAUCUAGCAGUCGGUCAGAGUCAAAGCGUCUUCUCGAAUAAUAUCGUAAACAUCGGCUCGAUGUUAUUUUCAACAAUAUCUCUAAUCAAUCACUCCUGUAAUCCCUCGGCAUUUUUAACCAUGUCAAAACAAGGGUUCGGCUGUUUAUUUGCAUCAAAAGCUCUCUCUCCAGGUUCGGAAAUCUUCCUACAAUACGCCGGGAACAAUUAUGACAACUCAAAGGAGAGACGUCAAACUUUCCUUCGAUCAUUUCACUUUGAAUGUGAUUGUGAGGCUUGUAUUAAUGACUGGACCUACGACAAAGACGAUUACGAGAGAAUAAUAUGCCCUGAAUGCGAAACAUCCUUUCCUUCGAAUCUUGAUGUAUGCUCUUUCUGUUCUUCAGGAAGUGGCAAGGAAAGAUAUCAAAAACUGUUGAAUGAAGACUUCGAGGAACUAACUAGGUGCCUUUUGGAAAGAGACAUAAAUUCGGAGACCUACAUAACAGCUACAAAUGUUCUAACUCAAGCCCAGUCUCUGAUUGAACAGCCUUCAAAUACUAUUAAAGUUGCCACAAAAAUGCUUAUUUGGUUAAUGAUGAACAAAUAUGGAAACUGGGUUUCACAACCCUGGCGUUAA